CAAAUACAGAAGCGGGGUUUUUACUUCAUAGUGGAGUUUGCUGUUUGUGUGUAGUGUUACUGGUUGCAUUCGAACAAUGUCGAAGUUCAUCCGCCACGUGCGUCGUUAUCACGAUUAGAGUGUGUAUUUUGUAUAUCUUCGUACAGGCUUUUAUCGCGAAGAAUAAACUUUGAAUCCAGUUUGAGGAUAAUUUCGUGCAGGAAUCACGAUGAUGAAGAACAUGUGGAUUUUUGGCCGUUCCAACAAGGUGGUGAUCGUAGUUUUCACGGGAGUUUUGGCCACAGAACUAUUAUGGCAAUUGUAUAAAAGAACUCGAAGUAAAAUACCAUCAAAGAGCAUCAACGAGGUUCUUUUUUUCUCUGAAGAAUCAUCCAACUGUCGGAUGCACGCCGUCUCUAGAACACCUUGCGACCGUUCCAACUGUUCGGUUACACAAUUGAGGAAACUAUGCGCAUAUUUGGAAUCUGCUCAGCAAAAUCUAGAUGUUUGCAUGUAUCUAUUCAGCUGUGAGGAUCUAGCAGCAGCGAUAGCCAAGGUGUUUUGUCGCGGAGUAGUUGUCAGAAUUAUCGUCGAUGGAUCAAUGGCGGAAAAUUCCGCCUGUGAGCGUCGUAUAAGAGAUUUUCGAGAACGAGGUAUUCGAGUGAGGAUGAAGAAAUCGGAAUACUUGAUGCAUCACAAGUUUGCGAUAAUUGAUAGGAAGCUGAUUUUGACGGGGAGUACAAAUUGGACGAUGCAAGCGAUGCACGGAAACUGGGACAACGUCAUAGUUUCGAAUCAACUCGCCCUAGUCAAGCCGUUCAUUGCGGAAUUCGACAGAAUGUGGAUUUUGCUCACCACAGGCGAAGACUGAUGAAUAUAAACUCAUUUGGUUCAAACGUAUACCGCAACGAAGUACGGAAUAAUUUGAAAAAACACUUUGAUGAAUAUCUUUAAACAAUUCUUUUACAACACUGGUUCCUAGUCGUUCUAAGACUGUAUUCCCUUCUGGGAACGAAGCCGCCGUUUACGAUUGAUGGACCGCUUUAAUCUGAAGUGCAUUACGCGUUUGAAUACACCGAGUAGCUAUUGACGAUGGUAAAUUAGUAAUAUUCAGGAAAUAUUUCGAGGGAGGUUAUUUAAACGUAUUUCGAUUCCGAUUCGAUACUCAUAGAAAUAAUUGUAAGUGAAAUGUUGUUCAAGACAUUAAUAUACAUAUACUGUAGAGAGUCAGUGCGAGGGAUUAUGAAAAUUGAAAGAAGAGCAUGGGCAUACGAAACGCAUAGAUUUACCAAUCGAUUGGCAAUUUCCUGACUCGAAAUACAAUUCUUUGUAUUUCUGCGACAAAAUCUAUCAAACUAUCAAAUAUUGCGGUACAUACCCAUGCAGCCUAGCACACAAGUAGAGUCUUCG